AUGAACAGACGGACAACUUGGACUCGAUUUCAUCUGCCACAAUGGCAGGGUUGGCCAAAAUGGUCGACGGGAAGCUCUGUCCUCGGACCGCUUGCAGAAGUGACAGGUUAUGACAAGGUCUGGCUAGGGAGGCAGGUUGAUGACCCGGAGCAGGCUGCCAUCAUCAUUCUAUGGGCAUCUGCAGAAGCCCUCAGGAAUUUCCAAGGCUCUCCAGCAUGUGCCGAAUUUCUAAAGGACCUGCCUGACAGCGGUGUUGUGUCCGAUGGGUUAUUCCAGCGUCUGUCCCUGAAUGAUGCAGAAAGUAUGGGCACCGCAUUGUCAACAACAGCAUCACGAUUCCCUAGCCUCCACUGGCAUCAUAGCGACAGGAAGGAACUCGAGGUAGAGGGUCGUGUGACGCUUACGGCCUUCUUAGUACCGUACGAGGGCGGUCCUGACCUCGAGCAAAUACGUUUCAGCAUCGUCAGAGCGUUCAAAGGCUUCGUUCCCGCAGACUGUGAAGAUCUACGGCCACCGCCGCCGCUCUCGCGAGACUCAAUUCCAUUUGGAGGACAGUGGCCAGGCCUGGUGGCUUUUCUACCAAAGCCGGAUGGUUUAGUGUGGGCUUGGACGGACACCGGAGACAAUGAACAGUGGAAGCCGCCGGGACAACCAGUGGUGGCAGAGGAGAGUGGCAGUGGCCGGAUGGUUGUAUGCCAGUUUCGCCUAUGGAAUGGCCUCUACGGUGCCACCCGUCAGCGCGAAGAGGCAUCGGCAAAAAACCCGCUGGCAAAAGAGUCAUGGGAAACCGUUGUGUCAAACGUGAUACCCCCGGUUACGGCGUGGGAGCAAGAGCGUUGGGAUAUUCAGGUGGCGCCGUCCUACCUUCGCCCCCUGAUAGAUGAAGAGGAGGAAGAGGAACCACUGUAA